AUGAUAUUUAGCAAAGGUCAAGUGGAAAAUUAAGAGUUUUGGAAUAAAACUGAUAUUCCAUUAUUUGAAAAGGAAGACUUUCAAAAUGUGUAAGUGUUAAUGGGUAAUUUUACAAAAGUUGGAAGGACAUUCAAAUAGAGAUGUCUCAGAACUUACUUUCUGGUUAAAUAAUUUUUAUUAUACUCUGAUGUAGGAAGUGGUAACAAUAUUAAAGGAUUUGUAUAAUUGGAUACUGUAUAUUGUUAAUUUAAUUAAUUGGAAACAGGAUUUUAAAUAGCAUUAAUAAAUAAUGGUUAUUAGAUUCACUUAAAUACAGAGGAUAAGCAAUAAUUUAAAAUCUGGGUAGACGCAUUGUCAAAUUGUUGUAUCUUAAGUGAUUUUGAUAAAGUAUACAAACUAGGAAUGUAAAUAGGUUAGGGAAGUUUUUCAACAGUAAAAGAAAUAUAUAUAUAUUUUAAGGUUCAUUAAUGUUUCAAUAAGGAAGGAGAGAUAUAUGCUGUGAAAAUAAUAAAAAAACAAACAAUAAAAUAAUUUAAUAAAAAUAAGAGUUAUGAGGAAUAAUUAUUAAAUGAAAUCUAAACUUUAAGAAUGUUUAAUCAUGCAAAUAUUUUAAAAUUAUAUAGAGUUUAUGAAAAUCAAUAAAAAAUAUGUUUAUUGACAGAUUAUAUUGAGGGUUCAGAGUUAAUAUCUCAAUAAUCCUCAAAAAAAGUAUAUUCUUCAGAGUAAUUAAGAAUAAUGAUAAUUCGUCUUUUAAGUGCAGUUGAAUAGAUUCAUGAAUAAAAAGUAAUGCAUAGAGAUAUUAAACCAUAAAACAUUCUAUUAAAUAAUAAUGAUAUUUAAAAUCCUAUUCUAAUUGAUUUUGGAUUGGCUGCAUUUACAUGGUAAAAGAAUUUACCAUUUCCAUAAUGUGGAAGUCCAGGGUAUUAUAUAUAUAUUAAUAUUAAUUAUAGUUAUUCAGCACCAGAAGUAUUAAAAUAUGAUGAAUCUAAAAAACUAUACAAUCAAUAAUGUGAUAUUUUCAGUUUAGGAAUAACAUUAUUUGUAGUUCUUUAUGGAUAUAAUCCAUUUAAAUAGAAGGAUUUAAAAUAAACAAUUAAAAAAAAUACUGAUGGAUAUUUUGAAAUACCUUCAUCCAAAUAUCCUAAAUCAUGUAAUCUGCUCUUUAUUAAUAUUCGUUAGUGGAGAAUCUUAUUUGUUAAAUGACAAAAAAGUACCCUAAAGAUAGGAUAACUAUAAGUGAUGCAUUAAAUCAUUCAUUUUUUAAGACUCCCUUUUUUUGUUAAAUUCAAUUACCCAAAUAAAUUAUAUCUAAAUAAUAUCAUGAUAUUAUUGCCAAAGGAGAUAACAAUAUAAAUAUGCAUGCUAGUAUGGAAAUGGAAUAAGGAGUUAAUUAUGUUAGUUAAGCAAAUACUUAAACAACACCUUAAAAUAAUGGAUAUAAAAAUAGAACUAUAUCUUAAUUGAGUGUUCCUAUUAGUAGAAAAAGUUAAGAUUAUUAAAAACAAUAAGAAAUUAGUUCAUAAUCUAGAACAUCUAAUGAUAAAGAUGGUAAUAUUUAAGAUAAAAUAUGUAAACCUUCUAAAACCUUAUAAUGUCAAAAAAGUAUGUAAUUUGAUUUUGAUGAUGAAUAUCAGUUAAAUAAUUUAGAACAUGAUAAUAAUUAUGUAGAUUAAGAACAUUUAUAUAAACUUAAUUUUUCUAUUAAUUAAAAGCUAUUUUAAACCUCUAAAUUAAUUAUGGAUAAACAUGAUAAUUGA